AUCGCAUCGUGGAGUUCGUGUUGUUCAGAACGUAAAAGACGGUUUUCGUUUUUAUUAGAAAAGUAAAAUCAUAUUAAUAGUAAGUUAUUGAAAAAAGCAGUAAACGCGGUAUCGAUUUUCUCGGUAUUACUGUUCGAGAAAACAUUUUUCAGUUUUAUAUAGAAUAAUUUAUAAAAUAAUAAUGAAGGGUUACUUGUUGUUUGGGUUGAUUUUGGGCUGUAUAUAUGCGACGUCAGCAGAAGUUUUUCUCGAAGAGAAAUUCAACGAUGAUUCGUGGGAGAAGAAUUGGGUGUAUAGCAAACACGAGGGCAAAGAAUUUGGAAAAUUCGUCGCAACUGCAGGAAAGUUUUAUAACGACGAAACCGAUGAUAAAGGUAUCCAAACAUCUCAAGAUGCGAGAUUCUAUGCCCUCAGCCGUAAAUUUAAACCAUUCGCAACAGAAGGUCGCAAUUUGGUCGUUCAAUUUACUGUUAAACACGAGCAGUCUAUCGAUUGCGGUGGUGGUUAUGUAAAAGUUUUUGAUUGUUCGUUAAAUUCGGAAGAUAUGCAUGGCGAAUCACCAUACAGACUUAUGUUUGGACCGGAUAUUUGUGGUCCAGGAACGAAAAAAGUUCACGUUAUCCUUAAUUACAAGGAUAAAAAUGUUUUAAUCAACAAAGAUAUUCGUUGUAAAGAUGACGUAUACACGCACGCUUACACGUUGAUUAUUAAACCUGAUAAUACAUACGAGGUUCAAAUUGAUGGUGAAAAAGUUGAAAGUGGAGAAUUGGAGGCUGAUUGGGAUUUAUUACCACCAAAGAAAAUUAAAGAUCCGGAAGCGAAAAAACCAGAAGAUUGGGAUGAUAGGGCCACAAUUCCCGAUCCUGAUGACAAAAAACCUGAAGAUUGGGAUAAACCUGAACACAUCCCAGACCCAAGUGCAUCAAAACCCGAUGAUUGGGAUGAUGAAAUGGAUGGCGAAUGGGAACCACCCAUGAUUGAUAAUCCUGAUUAUAAAGGUGAAUGGUCUCCAAAACACAUUGAUAACCCCGCUUAUAAAGGUGCUUGGAUUCAUCCGGAAAUUUCCAACCCAGAAUACACUCCUGAUGAUGAACUUUACAAACAAAAAGAGAUCUGCGCGAUUGGAUUUGAUUUGUGGCAAGUUAAAUCUGGUACUAUUUUCGAUAAUGUUCUCAUCACCGAUGAUCUUGAAUAUGCAAAAUCAGCACUUGCCACUUUAAAAGAUAGGCAAGAUGGUGAGAAAAAAAUGAAGGAGGAACAAGAUAAGGCUGAACGCGAAGCUUCCGAGGCUAAUGAAAAGAAAGAUGGUGAUUCAGAUGAAGAUGAUGACUUUGAUGAAGAUGAGGAAGAUGAAAAAGUACCACCUGUUGUAGAGGAACACGAUGAACUGUAGAGUGUUGUGCAAAGACUUUUAUAUUAAAAAGUGUGAAGUGUUUUUUGUUGAGUGUACUUUUUUUUGACUGAUUUUGUUACGAGUAUAUUCAUCUGAUAAUAAACAUCUAAAUUUAUUUCAA